CUCCGUCCCUCGCUCCCUCCUUCCCUCUCCCUUCCCUCUCGUCCUCCUCCUCCCGCUCCUGCCGGCCGCUACCCGGUGGCAGGGCAGGGGCGGAGGGCGGGGCGGCGGGAGCCGGGCCGCUGCCGGAGCGCUGCCUGCACCGGCGGGGAGUGGCGGGGGGCGGCAGCCGAGAGGCGGCACCUGGGUCCUUCCUCCGUCUCCAUCACCCCGGCCGCCGUGGAACGGCCGCGGCCGAGCGGAGCGCAGGGGUGAGCACAAGUCCCAAUCCCAGCCCCAUACUAUCUGCUGUGAAGAAAAUUAACUCCGCCCUAGCCAAAACUGGAACAUUCACUUAAUGAGAAAAUGGUGCUGAUAGAGCUUCAGUAACUUGGUCUUUACUAAUGUGCUGACUCACCCAAAAUGUCCAUAAGAGAAUAAUGGAAGCUCCUGAAUACCUUGAUUUGGAUGAAAUAGAUUUUAGUGAUGAUAUAUCGUAUUCUGUAACUUCUCUCAAGACCAUCCCAGAAUUAUGUAGAAGGUGUGAUUCACAAAAUGAAGACAGAUCAGUUUCCAGCAGCAGCUGGAACUGUGGGGUCUCAACUCUUCUUGGAAAUGCACAGAAACCAACAGGAAUUGCAGAUGUAUGCAAUAAAUUCAGACCAGUGAAGAGGGUUUCUCCAUUAAAGCACCAGCCAGAAAGCUCUGAGGACAAUGAAAGUGAUGACCAGAAGAACCAGAAGGGAGAAUACCAGAAAGGCAGUGAUUCUCAGUCUGCACCUCCAAAUGAUGACCAGAGUCCAGGAGAAGGAGAGAGUCUUAAAAGCAAAAGCACCGAGCCUGCUGUUCUGCUUGGGGAGCUGGAGCACUAUGACCUGGAUAUGGAUGAAAUUUUGGAUGUGCCUUAUAUUAAAUCAAGUCAGCAACAUGUUCCUUUUACAAAGGUAGCUCCUGAGAAAAAACUUUUAAGUGUGUGUUCAACUGUGAAUGGUCUAAGUGUCAAGACCUGUCCUGCGGGAAGCACAGAGAGCUCGCCUGCUGGCGGGACGCAGUUCUGUGUGCUGUCUCCUGUGAAAGGCGCUCAGCUGAGAAAAACGCAGCCCAUUGUCCUUGAUCAGCACAAGCAUUCAGCAGAAGAAUUAGAGCUUUCCCAACCUUUAGUUAAGUGUAGCUCAGCCCAUGAAUCUGAAGCCCAAGGCAAGGGCUUCUUCAGCAGGACGCUUGCUGAUCCUCUUGCUCACAAAGCUGAGAAGACUAUGCCGAACUGCCAUCGGAGGACUUUCCACCUGCAGACGGCAGUGGCAGAAAGCAAGCAGCUAGAGGAGCUGAGCAUGAACUGGAGCAGUGCAGGGGGCCCAGAGGAGAGGAGUGAAGAGGUGAAAAAAAUUAAGAGCAUCUUAAACAUUGUAAAGGAAGGCCAAAUAUCUUUACUGCCACAUUUAGCAGCAGAUAAUCUGGAUAAGAUCCAUGAUGAAUAUGACAACAAUCUGUUGCAUGUAGCAGCAUCAAAGGGACAUGCAGAGUGCCUGCAGCAUCUCACUUCUUUGAUGGGUGAAGACUGUUUGAAUGAACGAAACAUUGAGCAGCUAACUCCAGCUGGGUUAGCAAUAAAGAAUGGUCAGCUGGAGUGUGUUCGGUGGAUGGUGAGCGAAACAGAAGCUAUUGCAGAACUCAGUUGCUCAAAAGACCACCCAAGCCUUAUUCAUUAUGCAGGUUGCUAUGGCCAGGAGAAAAUCCUUCUGUGGCUUCUUCAGUUUAUGCAAGAACAAGGGAUUUCGCUGGAUGAAGUUGACCAGGAUGGAAAUACUGCUGUUCACGUAGCUGCUCAACAUGGCUAUCUAGGAUGCAUACAGACAUUGGUUGAAUAUGGAGCAAAUGUCACCAUGCAAAACCAUGUGGGAGAGAAACCCUCUCAAAGUGCUGAGCGACACGGGCACACCAUGUGUUCCCGCUACUUAGUAGUUGUGGAGACGUGUAUGUCACUGGCCUCUCAGGUUGUCAAGCUGACUAAGCAGCUGAAGGAGCAAACUGUGGAACGUGUGACAUUACAAAACCAGCUCCAGCAGCUUUUAGAAGCCCAGCGGUCGGAGAGCAAGUCACUGCCCACAUCCCCAAGCUUGCCAUCAUCUCCUGCUUCUUGCAAACCCCAGUGGAAACCAUCUGAAGCAGAUGAAUUGUCUCCACCAAAAAGUAAAUUGAGCACCCAAGAUGGGAUUCAGAUUCUUGGCAGCUUGGGAACGAACAUAUCUACUCGUGCUCGAGCUAAAAUAAAAGAUGAGGACUCCGAUAAAAUCUUGCGACAGUUGCUGGGGAAGGAAAUCUCUGAAAAUGUCUGUAUGCAGGAAAAGCUGACUUUGGAAUUUCAGGAUGCUCAUGCAUCCUCCAAGAACGUGAAGAAGAUUUUGCCAGAGAAAAGGGAGUUGAAAUUAGCCCGACUGAGGCAACUGAUGCAGCGGUCUCUCAGUGAGUCUGAUACAGAUUCAGCUAAUUCUGAGGACCACAAGAACACCCCUGUGAAAAGAGCUGACAAACCAAGACCUCAGCCUAUAGUGGAGAGUGUUGAGAGCACAGAGAGUUUGAACAUGAUGCUUAAGAAGCACACUUCCACAGCAGGACGUCGCUUCCCUUUUGGUAUCAGGGUCUCUAAGUCUGUGGACGGCCACAGUCCCUCCCCAACUUCGGAGAGCAGUGAUGCGGAUAAUGAAGCCCCAUAUCAGUCUGGUACAGUACCUCAGAACCAAUUCUGUGCAGACAUCUCUCCAUCCAGCACAGACAGUGCUACUGCCCAGAAGGUUGCCACCAGCCCAAAGAGUGCUCUCAAGUCUCCAUCCUCAAAGCGCAGAACCUCUCAAAAUUUGAAACUUCGAGUGACUUUCGAGGAGCCUGUGGUGCAGGUGGAGCUAGCAGAGUCAGAACUAAAUGAGGAAAAGGAAAAAGACCGGAGCAAAGGAGUCGUGCGGCCUCCAGCCAGCUCUGGAGAGCAUGCAGGGGAUCAGCUGAAAAGGCCUUUUGGAGCUUUUCGGUCCAUAAUGGAGACACUGAGUGGCAACCAAAAUAACAACAACAACUGUCAAAUGGUAAACCACAUCAAAACUUCCUCAACGCUGCCUUUUACCUCACUAGGAAGGAAGACAACAGAAAGUAAGGGAAAUCCAGCAGUUGUCUCAAAAGGAAGAAACAAGCCAAAAGCCCAUCCACUGUUCAGAGUUGGAAGAAUUUACCAAGGAGUGGCAGGCAUGAUGACAUCAACUGGAAAAUCCAGAAAUCUGACAGUGAAAAGAGUAUUGAAGAGCCAGAGCUGCAGGAAUUCUUCCUCUAAAACAUGUCAUGAUGUCUCACGUUGUUUGAAAUACCUGAAAUAUAGCCUUUUGAAACACUAAUAUGAGACAUACCCCUCACCAGCAAAACAGCAGCUGUUAGGAUGCCUUAAUUUGUAUCAGUUAGACCAUAUACAAAUCUUUUUUAUGAUAUAUGUGUAUAUGUAACUUGUUUGUAAACUGUGCUGUGUAAAGGCAUGGGUGAGCAGAAGUAACAAUUUGAAAAUUGUUAUGACACUUGCAAACUCCAAAAUGUUUGUUAGGCCACGGAACAAGUUUUGUACUUUGUGUCUUGCAUGGAUAUAUUGUCAUAUAUCUUUAUUUCCCUUUGUCAACAGCAUAUACUGUCAAAGUUUCAUCCAGGACUCUGCCUGUGCAGCUCCUCAGUGAGAUCAAGGCAAAAGCGUUGAUUUUCUUUUUUUUUAGUAUGUUUUGUCUGUUGUUAUUUCUUUUUUUUGUAAAAAGGAAAUAAAGACAGUGUUAAUAGGA